AUGCAGAUCUUCCACACCCUCCUCACCACCGCCCUCCUGGCCACUUCUUUCGUCGCCGCCCGUCCCGCCGACCACAGCAAUGUCGUCCGCGACUCGGAGCUGUUCGUGCGCGAGCCUUUGAAGAGCUGCAUUGGUCUCGUGUGUGGCGAUACAGAAACUCCAAACCAACUCGCCCUGCACGAACGUCACGACGUCGGCAUUCGCGUGCUGUCCGCCUUUGCAGUGUGGUAG